CUCGGAGCUGAUGUUAAUAAAGCAACGUCUCGCGGGCGAACACCACUCUUAACCGCAGCCAGAUAUGGUGCUAUAAAUUCGAUGAAAUUUAUUCUCGAUAUUCUUUGUCGUCAAGAAAAGGAUCGUUUGAAAAAACUGAACGCAGAACAGAAAACGUUAAACGAUAAAGAUGGCUAUAAGUUUCUGCUGGUAUCGGAUGAAAAUAACGAUAGUGCACUCCAUUUGGCAUGUCGAGGAAUUGACUAUAAAUGCGUUAAAGUAUUAUUACGCGUACUGAUCCAGUGUUUGGGUUGGCAGAAAGUGGAAAAGAUACUAUCAGAAACGAACGAACGAGGCUAUGCACCGAUUCACAUUGCGUGUAUGUGGCGUAGUAUCAGUGUCGUUCGACUACUGCUAACCAGUCAACUCAACAAAACGAUCGCCAAAGUGUGUCCAUUCGCAAGAACCUCUCGCAUUGCAAAUUCGCUUCGUAAUGCCUCAUUGAACGCGUUGAUUACCGCAAAACUUCAAACAGGCUCAAUACUUCACGAGAUGGCUUGUAGUAAAGCGUGUAGCAGAUGUGCGUGUGAUGCGGGUUUGGCGCAACCGAAUAGUGAUGUAUCGUCGGUGUUGUGCGCCAUUCAAGGACUUCCGAUGAGCUUGAUUGCUGAAUACGAGGUUGACGACAUGGAUUUACCGGAUAGAAAGUGUAUGGACUGCGAGAAAAGUUAG